AUGAGCUGUGCAGCGUCACCCAAAUCAGGACAUAAGUGCUCUGGGGUCUAUUUUGCAACUGGACUCCAGAAAGCAGAAAAGGCAGCUGUGCACAAACGCAGUCCUAAGGUGUUGGAGGCUCUGCAAAAGCUGAACAUCCAAGCUGACCAGGCUCCAGUCAUUGCUGUCUUGGGCUCUGGUGGGGGGCUGCGGGCCCACAUUGCUUGUCUUGGUGUGCUGAGUGAGAUGAAAGAACUUGGCCUGUUGGAUGCUGUCACGUACCUCGCAGGGGUCUCUGGGUCAACUUGGGCACUGUCUUCAUUCUACACCAAGAAUGGAAAUAUGGAAGGGAUAGAAGAAGAGCUGAAGCAUCGGUAUGAGAAGAAUGAGUGGGACUUUUAUGAGAGCCUGAAGAAAGCCGUUGAGGCAUCAAGGAGGGAUAAUUACUCCCUGACUGACAUUUGGGCCUAUUUGAUUGUUUCGAGACAAACCAGAGAAUUUCAGGAUUCGAAUUUGUCCAGCCUAAAGAAGCAAGUGGAAGAAGGAGUGCUGCCCUAUCCCAUCUUUGCAGCCAUUGAUGAUGACCUUCAGGCUGAUUGGAGGGAGAAAAAAACUCAGAAUUCCUGGUUUGAAUUCACUCCUCAUCAUGCUGGCUACCCUGCACUUGGGGCUUAUGUCCCCAUCACAGAGUUUGGAAGCAGAUUUGAGAAUGGGAAACUGGUUAGAUCUGAGCCCGAGAGAGACUUGACUUUCCUAAGAGGUUUAUGGGGAAGUGCUCUUGCUGAUAUUGAAGAAACUAAGAAAUAUAUUUUGGGUGAGUAUUUGAGGAAUAUAUUUGGGUACCUAAAGCUUGCCGGGGCUGGAAUAGUGACAUACUCAGAAGCACCACGGAUGGAGGUGGAUGAAAUGCUCUUGGAUUUAAUGAUGGCUUGUGUCACAGAUCAGAAUGACACCAGCAUCAAGGAUAAGCUUUGUGCCCUUCAGCAGGCUUUGGGUACUGAGACAGAUGAGUUUGACAAAGAGAUGGCUGAGAUCAUCCAGAGUUGGAAUGAGACCUCUCCAGAGAAGAAGCAGCAGUUUGUGGACCAUCUGUUGGAUUACUUCAAGAAGACACAAGAGCCCAUCACAUACAGUUUGAUGAACCAGAUCAAGGGUUCACUUUGGGACUAUUAUUAUUUUCUGAAGGGAACUUUCAAGUGUGUUUACAACUGGUGGUGGGGAACUGUUUACAACUUCCUCUAUAAACAUGAUAACAUUGAAAAUAAGGCCAUGUGCAGCCGGGAGUUUCUCCAUCUGGUGGACGCUGGUUUGGCCAUCAACACUCCUUACCCACUUGUUCUGCCUCGUGGAGCUCACCUCAUCCUCUCAUUUGACUUCAGUGCUGGGGACCCAUUUGAGACCAUCAGGGCCACAGCAGACUACUGCCAACGCCAUGAAAUCCCCUUUCCUGAAGUGAGCGAGGAUCAGCUGAGGGAGUGGGCAAAAGCCCCAGCGAGCUGCUAUGUCCUCAGAGGGAAAACAGGACCGGUUGUCAUGCACUUUACUCUGUUCAACAAAGACAACUGUGGAGAUGACAUUGAGACAUGGAGAAAAAAAUAUGGGACAAUGAAACUAUCUGACACAUACACACCAGACCUGGUGACAGAUUUGCUGAGGGUAUCCAAGGAGAAUGUGCAGAAAAACAAAAUUAAUAUCCUCAAUGAGAUGAGGAAGGUGGCUGGGAAACCUGGGAAUUUCCCAAGGGUCAACAAAGAGGCCUGCUUGCAAGACACAGUGCAGGAUGUCCAAGGCUCUCAGACUGUGGAGAUCAAGAUAUCCCACAACAUACAUAAGGAUUAA